GGCCAACUAGAUGUGCAUGUGGUACUAAACUAUACCGGUACCAGACCCCGUACCGGUACUGUGAAAUACAUCAAACUCACUAAAGCCAGCUAUCAUCCUCGUAUUGACGUGAUUGUGGCGUAGCAGUGACGUAAUUUUUAGAUGACGUAGUCAGAUGAGGGUCAGGGAAGACGUAUGCAAAUAAUGUUAUACCACGCCUAUUAGAAAUACUUGUGGUACUAAACUGUAAACUGUAGCCAUUCCGAAGUCUCAGCUUCGUCCAGGAUAUGGUUUCGGUUAAAAGAAUUGGAUAUUCCAUAUUCAUACUAUAUUGAUAUUUAUGGAUUAGAAGCAUUGGACGUUACAAUAUAAUAAAAUGAAGAACCCUUAUUUGAUUGCAUUUUUCGUUGUGACGAUUCUCGGAAUACUUUUAAAUGUCGUGGCUCUCGCAACCAAUGGUUGGAUUAAUGGAUGGGUACAAAGUACAGAAGAUCAUCCUCAGUAUUUUGCUUUAGGAUUGUUUUGAGCAUGUGUUGAUGGGACUUGUGCUCAUAUGGUUACCUCCGUACGGGAACAAGUUACAACCGCUUUUCUUAUGAUGUCAUUGAUAAUUCAAAUUACUGCAAUUCUCCUCGCUUUGGUAACUCACAUUGGAAUGGAUGACCAAAAUAACAAUGUUACAAAGUGUUGCAUUUUAUCUGCUACAUUUAUUUUCAUCGCAGUCGCUUGUUAUGGAGUAUUGUUUGAUCGUACCGGGAUAAGUUAUGAAGGUUAUAGAAUUGGAUACAGUUUUGGGAUAGCGUGUACAGUAGGCGUGAUGAACAUCGCAUCUGCAAUCUUGAUAUGUAGAGGAACGUAGCCUCCAUAUUAAAGCAAACUUUCAGUUCGUACAAGAAAUAUUUCCUCAUAUGACCAAAAGUGAGCACCAAGGUUCUAUAAUAUUAACGUCAACCAUUGUUGGUUAUACAUCUCAACAUAUACCAGGAGCUUAUGCAAUCACCAAAGCAUCGAUCAGUGCUAUGGUUCGUGCCUUCAUGGCAGAACUAAAGAAUCGAAACAUACGAAUAAAUUGUCUCUCAUUUGGUGGAAUUGAUACUUCGUUUUUUCAAAAAGUUCAACGGAACCAAUCUUUAAGAGAAAAUCUUUUGAGUUUAAUUUCGAUGAAACGUUUUGGAAAGGCUGACGAAUACGCCGGACUCGCGGCAUAUUUAGCUCCAGACGAUGCUAGUAACGUCACAGGGGAGAAUUUCCUAAUAUCUGGAGGAUGGUAUAGCAGACCGUAAGAGCCAAUAAAUGAGAAAAGAAAUCCUAUCAUAACGAACUCAAUGUACUAUCAAACGAUUUUAUUCAAGAGUAUUCAGUUGCAAAUAGAAUUCGACGUUACCCAACUCGGAGCAGUGAAGGGCAUUGGAACGCUAUUCAGUAUUAACGUGUAACGAUGAAACUGAAAGUACUUAGGCUGGUCACGUGAAUCUUAUAUCGUGGUUGAUUACUUAUGUUGGGCACAUCUGUUUCAAGUGUAAAGAGCUGUAUAAAGAGUUAUCUUACUA